AUGUCCUCUGCAUUGAAAGAAACGUUUGCCCGCUGCAAAAGAGAGGACCGUAAUGCUUUAGUGAAUUUCAUCACGGCCGGAUACCCCACCAUUGAGGACACGAUCCCCAUUUUAACCAACAUGCAAAAAGCUGGAGUCGAUAUUAUUGAAAUAGGUAUACCAUUUUCAGACCCCAUUGCCGAUGGCCCCACUAUCCAAACUGCAAAUGUCAAGGCUUUGGAAAAUGGAGUCACUGUUCCCAAAGUAUUGGCAUUGGUGAAACAAGCUAGAGAAGCUGGUGUUACUGUCCCCUUGAUCUUGAUGGGUUACUACAACCCGAUUUUGAAAUAUGGUGAGUCCCAAUUUCUACAAGAUGCAGCAGCUGCUGGUGUCAAUGGGUUUAUCAUUGUGGAUUUGCCACCUGAGGAAGCUGUCAAAUUUAGAGGUGCUUGUUCCAAACAUGGGUUGUCAUAUGUCCCAUUAGUAGCCCCAGCCACUACCGAUGAAAGAUUGAAAGUGUUGGGACAAAUCGCCGACUCUUUUGUGUAUGUUGUUUCUAAAAUGGGAACCACUGGUGCUUCCAAAAAAGUCAGUGCCGGUAUUGAAGAAUUGUGCGCCAGGGUACGAAAAUAUGUUGGGCAAGAUACACCCAUUGCUGUUGGGUUUGGUGUUUCAACAAGAGACCAUUUUCUUGCGGUGGGUAAAGUUGCCGAUGGGGUGGUUAUCGGUUCGAAAAUUGUAACGUUGAUUGGUGAAUCUAAACCUGGGGAACGUGGAGAAACUGCUUACAAGUAUGUGAGAUCUAUAUUAGGUGACGACUAUACUGCAACUGCUCCGGAAGAAUUUCAGAACGGCGGCAACAAGGAUAAAGAAGAAGGCGGAGAUUUGACCAAGCAGCAGCCGGAUUUCAAAGAGUCUCAUAAAUAUAACCCACGUUUUGGUGAUUUUGGUGGUCAGUAUGUUCCUGAGGCGCUCCAUACCUGUUUAGCAGAGUUGGAAAGGGGGUUUGAGGAUGCUGUUGCUGACCCUGAAUUCUGGAAAGAGUUUAAGGACUUGUAUUCAUAUAUUGGAAGACCAUCCUCGUUGCACAAGGCAGAAAGAUUGACUGAAUAUGCUGGAGGUGCCACAAUUUGGUUGAAAAGAGAGGAUUUGAACCAUACUGGAUCCCACAAAAUCAAUAAUGCUCUAGCUCAAGUACUCAUUGCCAAAAGAUUGGGCAAGAAGAAAAUCAUUGCUGAAACUGGUGCUGGUCAACAUGGUGUUGCUACUGCUACUGCUUGCGCCAAGUUUGGUUUGGAGUGUACUGUUUUCAUGGGGGCUGAGGACACCAGACGUCAAGCUUUGAAUGUUUUUCGGAUGAAAAUUCUUGGAGCCAAUGUUGUCCCUGUCAAGAAUGGAACUCAAACUUUGCGUGAUGCAACCUCGGAAGCUUUUAGAUACUGGGUCUCGAAUUUGGAAACCACUCAUUAUGUAGUUGGUUCAGCAAUUGGCCCCCAUCCAUACCCUACUUUGGUCCGUACUUUCCAAAGUGUCAUUGGACAGGAAGUUAAGCAACAAUUUGCUGAAUUGAACAAUGGUAAAUUGCCCAAUGCUGUUGUGGCUUGUGUUGGUGGAGGAUCCAACUCAACUGGGUUGUUUUCGCCAUUUGAAAAAGAUUUGGACGUGAAGAUGUUGGGAGUUGAAGCUGGUGGUGAUGGUCUUGACACUGACCGUCAUUCAGCAACUUUAACGGCUGGUAUCCCUGGAGUUUUCCAUGGAGUCAGGACAUUUGUCUUGCAAGAUGACGACGGACAGGUCCAUGACACACAUUCCGUGUCUGCAGGAUUGGAUUACCCUGGAGUAGGACCAGAAUUGGCAUAUUGGAAAUCCACAGGCAGAGCCAAGUUCAUUGCUGCUACUGAUGCCGAAGCUUUACAAGGUUUCAAACUCUUGUCGCAAUUGGAAGGUAUUAUUCCAGCUUUGGAAUCUUCGCAUGCCAUUUACGGAGGUGUCGAGUUGGCCAGGAGUUUACCCAAGGACCAGCAUAUCGUGAUCAAUGUUUCCGGUAGGGGUGACAAGGAUGUGCAAUCUGUGGCUGAGGUCUUGCCUAGAUUGGGUGAACAAAUUGGUUGGGAUUUGAGAUUCGAUGAAGAUCCAUCUAAAAAGAAUGUUGUAUAG